CCGUCACAACAUCACCUUCAGCUCGCUAUCCACUUAGACCGUGCUCUGUUGAUCCACCCUGCUUUCAUCCGCUAAAUCUCUCCACCUUCGCUCCGAUUACCCUUCACCGGCCACAUCUGACGUACCUGCCGACAACUACCUACCGUCAAUUGGCAUCGGUGACCAAACCCGCAUAGCCGCUUCCCUAUCGACAACACCACUUCCGCAUACCAAUCACCUCCCCCGACCACCCGCCUACGUCAUCCUCCUCACAAUGGUUCUCUACAGCUUCUACAUCUUCGAUCGGCACACCGAGUGCAUCUACUCGCGGCGCUGGACGCCCGCGCGCCCCUCCUCGUCGUCGUCCAAAGCCACGGCGCGCCCGCAAUCCGGCACCUCGAUUGCAUCCAACGGGGAUGUCGUGGCCGCCGUGCGCAAAGGCAUGUCGCACUCUGACGACGAGAAGCUCGUCUUUGGCCUUGUCUUCUCGCUGCGCAACCUCGUUACCAAGCUGGGCGGCGCCGACGACACCUUCCUCAGCUACCGCACCGGCGAGUACAAGCUGCAUUACUAUGAGACGCCCACGCGCAUGAAGUUUGUCAUGCUCACCGAUACAAAGGUGAUUAACCUACGCCAGUACUUGCAUCAGAUUUGGGCCAAUUUAUACGUCGAGUAUGUGGUGAAGAAUCCGCUGGCGCCUGUGGAGCAUCCCGGUGGGAUUGGGGUUGCGAAUGAGCUGUUUGAGAGGGGUUUGGAAGCUUUUAUCACGGCGGUGCUGCCGGUUUGAAGACGAUGGAGGGCAAUAAGUCAAGAUACACAACGGCAGAACGCACACGGGGACACGGAUAUGGCAUGCGACAGCACCAUGGGCUGGGAAAGGCAGGACAGCAAAUAUUCCCAGGCCCAGAAUUCCUGAACCCAAACAUCCCCACGAAAGAGGCCUAGAAAGCUGCGCCAGAUUACCGCGAUUCUUGGGGAAUGCAAUGACAGACA